AUGUUCAGACGCUCAUUUUCUUCGAAGAGCCGGGCGGGCAAGACCGUCAAGGCCAGCAAGAAGAAGUACGACGAACAGGUUAAGGAAAAGAUGCAGCAGAAGGUGGACGACAGAGUGGACACCCCGCCUGCGGGAAGGUGUGCUCUCACCAGUCCUAUCAUUACCAUGGUGGUGGGCCGAGAGCAGCGUCUGUUCGCCGCCCACGAGGAUGUCUUGGAGCCUGAAAUCCUGUCCUGCAUUCUCGAGUUCUUAUACAAAGGCGAUUAUUACCCACGCUUGCUUCACGGCAAGCGUCGCGACUCUUGGUACCUCGAGAAUGCUCAGGAUGUUGACCACAGCGGUCGCGGCUCGAGCGAAGCGACAUUCUUUCACCCCGCUGUGGAAGGCGUUGUACUCCGAGACACGGUGGUGUACUGCUCUGCCGAGAAGUACGGCCUGGAAGAAUUGAAACGCAUCUGUCUUCGGAAGCAAGGCCUUCAAAUUGGUAUUCCAGCCGAUGUGAUCUUACGAUCUGCUCGGUACGCAUAUGACAACACUCCUGACUCGGAGUCUCGAAUGCGCGCUCACUACCUUGCUCUCAUCAUCCGAAGUCGGAAGACUUUCAAGAGCAGCGGUACCAUGCAGAUGGAAAUGGAGGUCGGUGGCAAGUUGUUUUUUGAUCUGUUCGUGGCAAUGUGCAACCACAUGGAUGACCUCACGGAGAUCCGGUAG